AUGAACUACAAUCAGGCCUUCCUGAUUUUUGGAGCGGGUCCUUCGGUUCCUCUGCUAUCUCCAGUUGCUCCUGGACCCAAAAAGCUUACUUCCAUGCCACAUUCCUUCUCUACUAAACAAGCACAAACUCCUCCUACCCCUGCUGUGCAACUUCCACCUUCUGGUAAAGCCAAAGUGCAUCCGAAAAUCAACUUGGGGGGAAUCAACACCAGCAGUCUGCUACAGAAUAACGGACCGUUUUCUCCAAGCAUAUUCACCCUGAAACGAGUAUGGGUGAAAAGACCCAGUGGAACUCCUACCACAGUACAAGUCCAUCAGAAUGAUAUAGUGGAUGACUUGAAACAAGAAGUUGUUAAUAAGUUUCCCACAUCUUUGGGGAGAUGUUGUGAUGCAGCCGAUAUAAUAUUGAAAAUGGACGUUUCAAAACUGAAGCAGCAACAGCAACAGCAACAGCAACAACAACAACAACAACAACUGCUGCUGCUGCUUAAUCUCCUGCAAUCUCAAGAGUAUUCUUCCUCUAGCCGAGUCCCUCCGAGUCAACCUCAAUGUGUCAUUCUAGAACCUGACCAAAACGUUUGGUCGUUCAUAGAUCUGUACUUCCCUUCAGGAAUGACCCCAAGUGAUUCUUUAAUCAUCGAAACGCCUCCAUUUAGUGAUCCCAUGGGAUCACCUCCUGCCCAAUCACAAAUACAGUAUCAGCCACCUCCUUCGUUUCAACAACAGCAGCAAUAUCAUCUGCUUAACAGAUCACUGAAUGGAGGCGUUUCAAGAAUGGUUAGUCCUGAUUUGAACUUUUCUCCAUUGAAUUCCCAGUAUACGCCAUUUUCAGAGAACUUCAACUUUAAUGGCCCCAGAUCUUUAACCAUCCCACAGCAAACCCAACAACAACAACAACAACUGCAUUUGCAACCAAUACAGCAACUGCUGCAACUGCAUCCCUUGCAAACGAACCAACCUAAUUCCAGAACAAACAAUAUUCUUAUUAAUAAUUCGUACCAAACACGGGCAUGUUCAGCCGAACCAAACUACCCUCCAUUGCUGUCGAAAGAUCGCUCAGUAUCUCCUAUAGCUCGCACAACAGCUGCAAGUGCUAAUAGACAUCCCAUCAACUACAAUACUCCCCAAUCACCUUCUACAGGGUCACAAGCAGUGUUACUUUUGCCAAAGAAUUAUGCUUUGGGUGGUGUUGGUUCUAGUAAUUCUAAAGUUACAUCUGUCUCCAGUCCUGAGAUGAGUGAUUCUGCCAGUGGUGGGAAUAAUAUUGUAGAAUCACCGGAUAACGAAGGUAGUGGACGACACGAUGGAGAUACUAAUGGUGCUGGUGCAAAUGGAAAGUCGUCACAUGUAUUUGAAAAGACUGAUUCUAAAACAGCUACUCCAGAAUUACCCAUGGAUUCAGAUUCAAGUAAUCAUUUCAAGGACAGGAUUACUCCAAGUCGUAGUACUAGUGAAAGUAAGAAGAAGGUGCCAUCUUCUAAGAAGUCCUCUGUAUCUGAUUCUGGUCAAAAGAAAUCCAAACAGACCAACAGUGGUAGCCAUGAUACUACCAAUGGAAACGCCACCACUAAUAACCACGGUAAAUUAUCCGAUAGUCCGUCUAAAGCCGUGGCUACAACGACUACAGAUAAGGUUUUACCCUCUAUUUCAGUUUUAGUAGUGGAAGAUAAUGCCAUUAACCAAGCUAUUUUGGGAGCGUUCUUACGGAAACACAAGAUUCAAUACAAGAUAGCCAAAAAUGGACAAGAAGCUGUUGAUAAAUGGAAAGAAGGAGGAUUCCAUUUAGUGUUGAUGGAUAUUCAAUUACCUGUGAAAUCGGGAAUUGACGCUACCAAAGAGAUACGACAUAUGGAAAGAGUCAACAAUAUUGGAGUGUUUGCAGAAACAGCAGAUCAAGAACAAGCAGAUACUCCAGCAGAUGCCACUAAACUUGAUUUGAAAGUUUUCAAGGCUCCUGUUAUCAUUGUUGCCCUAACAGCGUCUUCCAAUUCUUCUGUAGAUCGAAAGAAUGCCUUGAUGGCAGGCUGCAACGAUUACUUGACGAAGCCAGUGAAUUUAGUUUGGCUUCAGAACAAAAUUACUGAAUGGGGAUGUAUGCAAGCUUUAAUUGACUUUGAUGGAUGGAAAGAUAAACGAAUUCACAAGGUUUAA